AUGGUGGACAGCAAACCCAUUCUUCAGGACAGACCUCCAGCCUACAACACUGUCCCCGGGGCUUACGAGUAUGCGCCCCCGCAGCAGCAGGCUCAGCAGCCGCACAGCUACGGGGCUAUCCCCGCCGCAGCCCCACCGCCCUACCACUACCCAGACAGCAGACAUGCCUACCCAACAGCCCAAAUGGGAGCAGCUGUGUCCCAUCAGCCCUAUUCUGGAACCUACACAGUUAUUCAACCCUCUGUUGUGGUGGUCGGAGGCUGCCCGGCCUGCAGAGUUGGCGUUCUGGAAGACGACUUUACCUGCCUGGGAAUCCUGUGUGCCAUCUUCUUCUUCCCGCUGGGCAUCCUCUUCUGCUUCGUGCUGCGGCAGAGACGGUGCCCUAACUGCGGCGCCACCUUUGGAUAG